AUUUCGUUGGCACCAAGUAAAAUGAGUGCGGUUUCUCCGCGACCAAGUGAUAACCUUGGGGAACGUCAACCAGAGCUGUUUACAUCAUGAAUCUCUUGGGUUUCAUCGUAGUUUUAAUCGCGGUCGUCACCGGUACCACCUCCGCCCAGACCGCCCAGGACUGCAUCAACGUGGCCUGCCGGACGUACGACGAUGUCAACACGCUGUGGUGCCACGCCGAUCCGGCGCACUUCUGCCAGUGUCGGCCCAGUCCCGGUGGAACCUGGGUACCGCAGGUGAUGCCGUGCGCGCCCGGAACGCUGUACAGCUUCCGGCGGCAGACGUGCGUCCAUCCGCCCAUGUACGACGACCGGGAGUGCGACGAGCUGGGCCCGGAAGGUGGCGAACUCGAGCUGGCGGUGUGCGAGGAGGUGCCGUGUGUGACGUACGCGGAAGUUAGCACGCUGGUCUGUCACGAGGAUCGGACCAGGUUUUGUCAGUGCCGGCCGCUGAAGAUUGACCCGACGGUGUGGGUUCCGGUGGUGAUGCACUGCGCGGAGAGCACUAGCUUCUCCUUCCGCCAUCAGACGUGUACGCGGGAUGAACUGUGGUUGAAUAGCUGCUGAGAAUUCGGUACGGUGAGACCGCGGUGGUUCGACAUUUUAGAAUUGUCACUUGACGUAAACAAACCCUGGCGACCCGACGGAGUUCACCGCUAUGUAGAAUUAGUAAAAGAUUGUGUUUUGUGUACUGGUUAGGUGUGAGAAAAGUGUGAACGGAGAAGUCAACGACCCAAUAAACUAUUCAUGACAGAAUUUCAUUAA